UGGCAUGUGGGACUUUUGGGAUGAGUACAUCUGGCUGGGAGAAAACACAUCAUGGACUGAUAUGGCGAAUGCAAAUAUCAGUUAUCCGCAAGUAACCGAUCUCCGGUACACUGUAGUCUUUGGUUUUGCUUUACUGAUCACACGGGUUCUUCUGGAAUCAUUUGUCUUCCUGCCUAUCGGCUGGAUAGGCGGUUGGAUCUCUUCACCUCUUCUACCUCAAAUAUGGUCUCAUAUUUUUGGUGGAUUUGCUGGAAGAAGUAAGUUCAAAAGGGUUGCUGCAUGUGCUUGGCGUCUCUGCUUCUAUGUUUGCGUUUGGACAGCAGGUCUUGUGGUCCUAAUGAGAGAGCCACAGUUGAUGGACGUGACUGAAUGUUGGCGCGGUUGGCCUCAUCAUAACAUAACGAAUGCAGUCUGGUGGUACUAUAUCUUGGAAGCCUCCUUUUACUGGGCAUUGCUUAUAGGUACACUUUGCAUCGAUGUCCGCAGGGCAGACUUCCUCCAAAUGUUGGUGCAUCACGUAAUCGCAAUCUUGUUACUUUACAUAAGCUGGUCCGCGAAUAUGGUUCGCGUUGGUACACUGAUACUUUUCACUCAUGAUGCUGCGGAUAUUUUGUUAGAAGCGAUGAGGAUGGCGCGCUAUGCUAUGUGGCUUAAACUGAGAGAUAUCAUAUUUUUGAUUUUCUUUACUGUUUGGACUGCCACUCGCCUCGUCUACUAUCCAUUUUGGAUUUUGCGAUCAGUGUUAUUUGACGCCCCGGAAUUGCUUCAGCCAUCUUAUCGCUGGACCAGUCUAUGGCAGCGACCUCUAGCACCAAAAUUAGUGCUCAUGCUGCUCUCAUCACUCUUUGUAUUUCACGUAUUUUGGACCUAUGUCAUAAUGAAGGCCACACACAAGUCCGUCAGAAACAAAAAACUUGGCAUUCGAGAAGAAAGUGAUUCCGAAGAUGAUGAAAAGGCCAAAGACAAAUAAGAUUUUAACACGAAGGAGCACCAGCAUAACUAGCUUUGAUGAGUGGGAUCCUCGUAAAAAUACUGCAACUAUACAGGCAAACCCAAUGCAAAAGAGCUGCUUCUUUCCGUCCUACUCCGUUUAUCUAGGUGAAAUCCUGAGAAUUUGAAGCGGACUUAAAGCGAGCCACCAAAGCGUGUGAAAACAGCAUGCUUGCUUCCUGAAUUUUUCCAGUUUUAGUGCGGCUUCCAUUCGGCCAGAGAUUAUGAAAUAUGCCAAGUCCACGCUCGGUUCCAAAAAACAUCUCGUUUGACCGCGAAAUCCAUGACGGAUGGAUAGCACAUCCAUGAGGCUCAGUUAAUCGAACACAACAAUUGAAAGUAAAUGGAAACGCGAAAGGAUAAAUGCCAAAGUUGAGCGCUGCCGCUGUUCUUAGAACUUUAGUUGGAAAGGUGCCAGCAGAGAGAGAUCAGUCGGAUGUUGCGGAUGCACAAUGGUUACCGUAAUCGACGCAAUUGCGCGGCCAGUACUUCCAAUCCAAAUAAAAAAGGCGGAUGUGCACGGGAGGUCAAAUCGGAAGAUGAAUUCCCUUGUCUUAUCUUUACUCCUGCGACGAUUUCAAGCUGACUCUCGACCUAUAAAGUCCUAAGAUCAUUUCAACUCAUUUAUGUCAAUUGCAGUACUCUUACGUCAAGCAUCAAUACUAUUUAUGCUACAAGCUGUUUAAUGACUUAACCGCUUUCACACUGUUUCUUCGGGCAACUGUAAUUAUAAAUCUAUAGACUGUAUUGAUUCAUUCUUUCAACAUAUAAUAUAACGGGCCCUC